AUGGCAUUGUUGAAUCAAAUAAAUAUGAAAUUAAAUCAAAUCGUUGAUAAGGAAGUUGACCAAAACGGAAUUGAAUCAGAAUAUCUGUGAGAUCUUUCCAAAAGAGAAUCUUGGCUAGAUUUAAAUAGAGUAAACCUAUCAACAUUUGAGGUCGAUUUUUCUUUCUCAGGCUGAGCUUAUAUAAAAAAUCUGAUGACACUUCCCAAUAAUCAAUUUUUUGGGCUAAAGAUUAGAAAUUCUGAUAACGAUCACGACUAUUUAUUCAUAUCAGAUAAAAAGGUUAAUGUUAAAAUAAUAGAAAAGUUUCCCAAAAACCCAUAUGAUUGAGAUCUUAUUUCUUGUUUUUAUGAUGAUUCAAUUUUUAUAUUUGCUUGCUACGAACAAGAAGGGAAGUUCUAUACUUGUGCUAAAAGAUAUAUAAUUUCCCAAAAUAAGUGAAUUUAUUUCUCAUCUCUUGAUUUUGGAAUUUUCAAUUCAUGUAUCGGAUUAAAACAAAAAAUUAUUAUUAUUCAAAAUGGAAGCGAGUCUGGAGCGUGGGUGUAUGAUAUUUUAUUAGACAAUUAUUAUUUCUAUAAAAAUAUAAGAAUAGGGAAUUUGUAUUUUUGCACAUUCAUUCAAGAUUUAGGAAAAAUUUAUUUGAUAGGGCGAGAUGGAGAGUUUGAUACGGAACUAUAUAAUAUUCAUACAUUUGAUGAUCCUUUAUCUGAGUGAACAUUUUUAGGUUAUUAUAACAAUAUUCCUAUCUGCAAUUACUUUACACAUUAUAAAGGCUCGAUUUAUUUUGUUACUCUCAAAGCACAAUUUAUAAUCUAUUUAUAAAUCUUUCCAAAAAUUAAACAUUAAUAAUAUUAUGUAUUGACUUAUAUGGAGCCACUCAAACGUAUAAACUUCACAUGUGGGAUUUUAGUUUGGAAAAUGUUCCGACAUGUCCGAAAUUAUUCCAAUGCAUAAUAUAUUUUUUCAUAAAUAAUUGCAAAGAGAUAGAGACCAAAUUUAUGAAUUUUCACUGAAAAACUUUGAAACUAGAAAAAUUUUUAAUAAUAGUAAAUUUAAAAUAUAA